AUGGAACUACGUGGCAACACGUGGCAUUUUCCGCACGCGCUGACGGCCAUGCCCGAAGCGGACGGCGCGGAGCGGUACGUGGCGCAACUGCGCAACUUCAUUCCGUUCGGGUCGCGCCUGCGCACGGCGCUGGACAUCGGCGCGGGGGUGGGGGGAUUCGCGGUGGAGCUGCUGCGCCAGGGCAUGAUCACCGUGUCGCUGGGCCCGCGCGACGGGUUCCGCGGGCAGGCGCAGUUUGCGCUUGAGCGCGGGCUGCCCGCGCUGGUGGGCAUUCUGGCGACGACGCGCCUGCCGUUCCCGUCGCUCGCGUUCGACCUCGUGCACUGCUCGCACUGCCAAGUCCCCUUCGGCCUCCCCAACGGCACGCACCUGUUCGAGGUGGACCGCCUGUUGCGCCCAGGGGGCUUUUUCGUGCUGGCGGGGCCGCCCGUGCGCUGGGCGGGCAGGGCGGCGGAGUGGCGCGCGCUGCGCGAUAAGGCGCGCGCGCUGUGCUGGCGGCUCGUGCUGGUGGUGCCGCACGUGGCCAUCUGGCGGAAGAGUAGGGGGGUUGAGGUGGCAGAGGGAAGCGGGGGAAGCGGGGGGGAAAGAAGAUGGUGUCCUGGAGCCAAGGGAUUCAGAGAGGCGGAACAAGAGGGGGACGGAACGGCGGAGAGGGAGGAGGGAGGCAGCGAGAGGGAGGAGGUAGAAGAGUCGCAGGAGGAAGGGGCAGAGGGAGAGGAGAGAGGGGUGGAGAGAGAGGUGGGAGGGGCGGAGAGUGGGGAGGGAGGGGGGAAGAGAGAGGAGGAAGGGGCGGAGGGAGAGGACGGACGGGCGGAGAGAGAGGAGGGAGGGGCGGAGGGAGAUGAGUUAGGGGGUGAUGUAACGGGCGAGAAGGAGGGAGAGGAGAAGCGGGAGGAGGAGGCGGGGGAAGGGGAGGGCGAGAUGGGCGCGGAAGUACUCCCCCUUGCAGCCUUGCGCCAUCCGCCCUCCCCCCUCCACUUGGAGCCUCCCCCCCUGGCCGCAUCGCCUGUGGUUCGCCUCCCCCGCAUCUACGCCGCCCCCCUCAUGCACCCGCCCCCUGAUGCGCCGCGCAACGCUUGGGGCGCGGGCGCUGAGGGGAGGGCGGAAGAGAAGGGGAAGGGGAAGGAGGGGACGAAAGGGAAAGGCACGGGGGAUGGAGGGAAGCGGAGGAGUGGGAAAGGAUGGAAUGAGGAUGAGGAGGAGGGGAUGCAGGCGGGUGAGGAAAAAGGGCCGAAACAGGGGGAGGAAAAGGGGGUGAAGGAGGGGCGGAAUAAGGCCGGGCAGCAGUACAGCAAGCGGCAGGGCACGGCACUGGCAGCGCUGUCGCCUCGGCAGAAGCGCAUGAACAUGGAGAGCAAGCGGUGGGGCAAGCGACUGGCGCACUAUGAUUCCCUUUUCCUGGGCGCCCUGCUGGGCCACGAGGGCCAGCGGAAGCGGUGCAAGGGCGCGGAGGGGGAUGGUGGGGAGGCCAAGGGGGAGGAGAGCGAGGAGAAAGGGAGGAGCAGGGAGGAGAGUGGGCCUGGGAAGGUGCGGAACGUGCUGGACAUGAAUGCAGGGGUGGGGUCGUUUGCGGCGGCGCUACAGGGGAGGGAGGAGGACGGGGAGGAGCGGGUGUGGGUGAUGAAUGUGGUGCCGGUGAGCAGUCGACUCAACACCCUGUCUGCCGUGUUUGACCGCGGGAUGGUGGGCACGCUGCACGACUGGUGUGAGGCGUUCUCGUCGUACCCACGCACGUAUGACCUCGUGCACUGGCAGGGCGUCUCCUCCUCCUUCCACCCGGACCGAUGUGACAUAGAUGACGUGAUUAUAGAGGUGGACCGGCUGCUGAGACCAGGCGGCACAGUAGUUAUAAGAGACCUACCGGAUGUGCUGGAGGGCGUGCAGAGAGCUGCGAGGGCAGCUCACUGGAACGUGACGGCAUACCUGCCAGAGAAGGGCAGCAGCAGAGAGCAACUCCUGGUGGCUCGUAAGCCGUUGUGGAAGGUGGAUGCACGGGGGCUGGGUUCGCAGAUGAUAGCAGGUGGUGAAGCCGUGCCGUUGGUGCGGGCUGGCGUGGGUGCAGUCAGCAUCCAUGGCCGCGGAUCCGCGCUGUCCAGCUGUCCGCUCCUUGAGUCGGCGCGCUAUGAAUCAGUGCCGCGAAGCCCGACGAGUUUCAUUAGCGCCGGAUCACGCCUCCCACGCAGAUUCGCGUGCCCAAGGGAUGUUCUCAGCGUCGAAUCCAAGAUAGAGCCGCGCGCGUCGUGUGACCGCGUGGAAAGCGGAAGAGCUGGUCGGGGAGCAGAUUAUGGUCGCACCGCCGCGGCAGUACCUCGCUGCCGCUCCGGUAAUCGGCGCGCCCUGGCUCCGCGCGCGGGAUUGGGGGAUGGCGUGGGGAGUGGUGCGGCGGAGAGUAGCCGGGGAGGCGGAUUGUACUUGGAGGGCGCGGCACGGUUCUGGCGUGACGCACGUUCCGCCUACUCCGCGGACGCGCUGGGCGCGGAGAUGGCGGCAAUUGCGCUGCCGGCGCUGCUGGCGCUCGCCGCCGAACCCGUGGCGUCGCUCGUCGAUACGUUCUACAUCGGACAGAUGGGAGCGGAGGAGCUGGGGGGGGUGGGGGUGGCGGUGGCGGUGGUGGGCGUGGUAUCCAAGGUGCUCAACGUGCCGCUGCUCAACAUCACCACGUCCUUCGUCGCGCAGGACCAACACCUCCUCGCGCAAUCUCCGCAGCAGCAACCGCACCAGCAGCUACAAGGCUCGCCGUCGGUACCCUCCGCCUCCUCCUCCGCCUCCUCCUCCGCCUCUGCCGCCUCUCCCCAGCCCGCGUGCAAGCCAGUGGUGCCAUCGGUGUCAGCGGCGCUGCUAGUGGCCAUGGUGCUCGGCGCAUUAGAGGCGCUGCUGCUGGCGCUCGCAGCGGCGCCGCUGCUGGCGGUGAUGGGCGUGGGGCCGUUGUCCCCCAUGCACGCGCCCGCACUGCAGUACCUGCAGGUGAGGGCGGUGGGCGCGCCCGCGGUGGUGCUGUUCCUCACGGCGCAGGGCGUCUUCCGCGGCCUCAAGGACACGCGCACGCCCCUCGCUGCCUCCGUGAGUGGCAACGUGGUGAACAUCCUGCUGGACCCGCUGCUCAUCUUCUCCUGCGGGCUGGGCGUGUCAGGCGCUGCAGCAGCCACGGUGGCAGCACAGUACGGCAUGGCGGCCUGGCUGCUGCUGCGACUCAGCAGCACAGUGCAGCUCAUCCCACCCUCGCUCUCCCUGCUCUCCUUCGACCGCUUCUUUAAGUCCGGCGGGCUGCUACUGGGGCGAACGGUGGCGCUGUUGGGAGCGAUGGCGGUGGGGACGAGCAUGGCGGCGAGGCAGGGCGCGGUGCCCAUGGCGGCACACCAGCUCGCCCUGCAGCUCUGCCUCGCCGCCUCCCUGCUCUCUGACUCCGUUGCCCUCGCUGCUCAGACCCUAUUGUCAUCAGCCUUUGCACGGAACGACACGGCCAUGGUGCGAGCCAUCAUGCUGCGAUCACUGCAGAUAGGGCUGGGCAUGGGAGAGGUGAUGGGAGUGGUGCUCUCGCUGUCGGCCCAGCUACUCCCGUCGAUAUUCACUUCGGAUGACCGUGUGCUGCUGCAGGCUGUCUCCCUCAUGCCCUUCGCAGCGGCGAUGCAGCCGAUGGCGAGCAUGGCGUUUGUGUUUGACGGGCUGCACUACGGCGCCACUGACUUCGCCUUCGCUGCCCUCGCCAUGAUGGCGCUGGCUCCAGCAGCAGUGGCGGUGCUGGUGUAUGCACCGAGCGAGUGGGGAGUGGAGGGUGUGUGGAUCGGCCUCUCUCUCCUCAUGGCCGCCCGCAUGUUCGCCGGCUUCCUCAGAGUGGGCACGGGCGGAGGGGCGUGGGCAGUGCUGCAGGCGCCACCACCACGUGUCCACAUGAGUCCCGCAAAGGCACAUGAUGGUCGUCAUGCAUUCACAGCCAAUUCAACCGCUGGUGACAGUAGUGAUGUGCAUCAAGACGGCCACACAGCCACAGCGGAGGCAAUUUUGGCGGGAAGUGCCACCGCGCGAUCACCGGCGGAAGAGGCGGGAGUGGAGUCCGACAUGGCGCGACUCGCGGUGGCGGAUGCGACAGACGGGAAGCCCGCAGGCGCCGGUGCUGACGUGGACGAGUUGGAUGACGUGGAGCAAACAGAGGUGGUGUUGUUCCACCUCAAGGAGUGCUACGUGUACAAGAUUCCCCCGCGCAAGACAGCAGCGUCGUACAGGGCGGACGAGUGGGACAUAAACAGGUGGGCGUGGGAGGGCGCGAUCAGCGUGGUGUCACGCGGCGACCACUGCAGCAUCCGCCUGCUCGACUCCGCCACGGGCGACCUCUUUGCGCACGCGCCCGUGCGCCCCAACCACCCACUGCCCCUCGAGGCCGUCAUCGACAGCAGCCGCUUCUUCGUGCUGCGCAUCGAAGACUCCUCCCCGCCCCCGCCCUCCGCCUCCUCCUCCUCCGCCUCCUCCACCAAGGGUGGGAAGCCCGCAGCAGGAACAGCAGCGGCGGCGGUGGCACCGGUGGUGCGGCAUGCGUUCAUAGGGCUGGGGUUCAGGGAGCGCACGGCGGCGUAUGACUUCCAGGCAGCGGUGUACGACCAUGUCAAGUACGUGCACAAGCAGCAGGAGGCGCGGCGCAUGGGACAGGCGUUUGAGUCACGGCCCGCUGCCGACUACCGCCUCAAGGAGGGGCAGAAGCUGCACCUCGACAUCAAAACGCCGGCACGGGCGAAGCCAAGCACAGCAGGGCUGCCGCUGUCCCCCACCACACCCGGCAACGUGGCAUUCAAGUCGCCCUCCCUCACAGGCGCUGCCCCCGAUGCGUCUGCCCCCAUGCGCCAAGCAUCAGGGGACCAUGCCGCUGCUGACUCCUCCCCACCGCAUGCCACCGCAGCUGGCACCACCGCUGGCGCCUCGCCCCCCAUCCUCCCUCCCCCUCCCCCAGCGCGCCUCUCCUCGCCUCCCUCCGCAUCCCCCUCCUCCCCCCCCUCCACAUCCUUCUCUGCGCGCUCCUUCCCCCCCGCCGCCCCCUCGCCCUCCAUCGCGUGGGCGUUCCAAUCCGACGACCCCCCUGCUCCAGUCACCUCCGCGCCGCAAUCCAUCAUGCCUGCGACUUCUGGAGGCAAUGAGGGUGCUGGCAGCAGCAGCAGCAGCAGCAGCGGGGGAGGACGCAGAUGA